AUGAUCAUGAUUGCCUGCCGACACAGCUUGUACCUGGCUUGUACCAAGUAUAGCUUACUACACCGCAAGUCUCCAGAAUUCUUCCCUUCUCACGACGACGAGCAGAUAUCUCCUGAACACGGCCUAAUCUCUAGUCAUUAUGAACCUAGUGAAGGAUCCCAGGAGGAAGAUCGCUUCGAUAUUUGGAUCAAAGCCGCCGGGUACAAAGCUCCACAACAGCGACAUGGAGAUGCCUUACACAACAGGGGAGUUGAUGGUCAGAUCAGAGACGAGGUCGCAAUGGGGACAGAGGCCUCUCAACAACAACCAGACAGCUCUUCGCCACCACCCUGUGCCACAAAGAACGAUGAUGUGGGAGCCGGACGUAGUAGCAGGAAGGUGAAGAAGGGAGAAUUGGAUGAGAAAUGGCUCCGCGAGAAACUCUCUGGAGUCGAGUCGCAAUUUCAGCAAGAGAAGAAUAGCUGGCUUAAUGAACGCAAGCGACUGCGAGGUCAGAUAGACCAUCUCAACAGUGAAAAUGAAAGCCUGAAACGCGAACUCAAGGCUGUUGGGUCGCUACUCGUGGAUGCACAGAACCUAUCUCAGGUCAGGGGGGAGGAGCUGAAGGGUGCACAGGUCUUCUUGACCAAAGCCGACAUGAUCUCCACCACAGACGUUGUCCAGAAGGUUACUACCUUAAACACUGAGAUAUCUCAGACGGCUUCCCGCUUCGUAGAGCUGCUGCACCUUACCAAGAGCCCUAACAAGACACAGAGAAAACCGACAACAAUGGAGAAGAGGAUGCUGGGAGAAAAAUUAGCAAGUGACCUCCAUGAAUUGUCCAAUCGCCACUCACAGGCGAGCGGCCGUACAGAACCCAAUCCGCUACUUAUCCAAGUCGUCUUGCAAAUUGCCAUCACGACGUGGUGCAGCUCCAUGGUUUCUUCCUGGGAGCCCGAUGAUCGCCAGUUGGCAGACUCAAUGUCGUCUAUGUAUUCCGGGAUUCGAGAAUUUGAGGACCAGGCCGUCUCUGGGCGUUGGCGUUCAAUCACUCGAGCACAGUUGCGCCGGUCUUCACCCAACGAUGUAAACGGAUUGCAGAGCUUCGUGAACGCAAUAAAGGGGAUUCUCGACGUCGCUGGGUGGUCAAUCCGAGAUGCAGACCAAGAACACCUUGAAAGGGUACUGUUGCCUCUCUCCAAAGCUGUACAAGGUCUGAGGAAAGCCGUCGGAGAAGACGUCACAUCCCUAGACAUGGAGGUGACCACCAUUGACGCUGGCCAGAUCUUUGAUGCCGAGCACAUGGAUGAUGGCUUUGGGGGCCCCGGGAAGUCCUCGUCGCCUAGCAGGUUGAAAAUCGCAUCAGCACCAGAGAAGGUUGUGGGGACAACGGGACUGGGAUUGCGGACAAGAAAGGGCCAAACGGAUGAAGAGGAAAGCAUCCUUUUGCCGCAAGUUGCUCUUGAAGGGGUGCUGAAGGAAGCCAUGAAGCCUGUGUCAUUGAAGCUACAAAAGAGGACCGCAACCAGGCCGUAA